AUGUUGUUCAACUUCGCGUGUUAUUUUCCUGCCGAAGACCCUCUGUUUUUUAGUAUUAAAAUUGAAGCAGAGGACCGAGUAGACCAACUAACGGAGGCGAUUCAAGUGAAGCUCCGAUCGCGUGGUCAAGAUGUCAGCCUUGGGGACAUCCGCCUUUUCAAGACAGACGUUCUCCUGAAUCCUAAAGAAAGCCGGCAACCGCGUGCUCUUCUGUGGCUUCAUCAGCAGCCAGACAAACAGUCACCUCGAGAAGAUACGCUCUCAACCGUCUUUCCCAGUGGACCCCAUCCACCAUCCGAUCGCAUGCUAGAUAUCAUCAUUGCCGAUACAGAGGUUCUGGAGUUGCGCGACGGCCUGGGCGACCCAUAUGACCGCAAUAAUAGGAAGAUCAAGAAAGCUCUCGACGAGCGUCUAAAGCGUUUACUCCCUGGUGAUUCUCCGUCGGACAUAGUCAAAGCGCCCAAGACCCAAGCCAAAAUAUUGGGCGGUGACAAACCUCUCAUCCACCUGGGUCGGCCUGGUGGAGUCCCUGCUACGAUUUUUAACCCCGCCCUUGCCACCCUGCAACAGCGUCUUGACGAUCUCGAAAAAGUCGAAGUUGACUGUCAAGAAAUCGAGCGUGCUGCCAAGUACAUCCUGCGCACGGUCGAAUUUCACGAGGACGAGGCCCACCUUCAGAAGGAGAUCCAAGACCUACUCGAUCAAGCAAUCGGAGAGAAGGGAUGUAUUCUUGAUUGGGCAAAUAACAUCAAACCUGACUGUUCCUGGUGGCGCCAGAAGUUUCUCAUUCUGGCCUUGGAGCUCAAGAACUCGUUGGGCCUGUCUGGGGACGCCCUCCUUCAAGCCGUCCUUGUUUACAGCAAAGUAGUCUCGCGAGAACAGUACAAGUGUUUCCGGGGGUUAUGCAACUUCCCUAUCGUCCUCCUCGGUGCAACCGCAAAUCGCCUCGAGAUUUCCGUCGCCGUUUGCGUAGGACCGAUCUACGUGACCAAGUUGCUCACACUCGACCUUUCGUUAGGGUUUCAUGCCUCCGACAACAUCAUGCGCCUGGCGCGUGUCUUUCAUGUCUUGGCUUCCUGUCGGAAAGAUCUCCGAAAGUACUACGACAAGGUCAUCUUGGAGCCUCGCGGGGUCUCUGGUCUGUAUCCCUGCCCAACGACCACUGAUCCUUCCAAAGUAUUGCCCAAACUUACCUAUCGGCAGUUUCUGACCCGAGCUGGUCAAUCCACCUGCAGUCUUGUGGACUUGGGAAACACGACCUCCGCCAUGUACAUUGCCACCCUCGGUGACACUGACGAGGAGGUUAUUGUCAAGUUCACAGCACGUUACAACGAGGUGGCGCAUCGCCUACUUGCCGAUGCUCAGCUUGCCCCGAAACUCCACUUUUGUGGGCGUGUUGUGGGCAAUCUAUUCAUGGUCGUUAUGGACCGUGUAGAUGGAAAGUCCAUUUGGCAGCUUCAAAAGGAUGAUAAGCCAGUUCCUGCAAUUGUCUUGGAGAAGGUCACAGAGGCAGUAGGUAUCCUUCACGCAAAUGGUAUUGUCUUUGGGGACUUGCAGGGCCCGAACAUUCUCCAUGUUGCAUCCAAGGAUCAUGUAGUUCUUGUGGAUUUUGAUUGGCCUGGGAAGGAUGGAGAGAGCAGAUAUCCGGCCAGCCUCAACUCAGCGAACACCUGGGCAAGGGAGGUUGAGCCUAAUGGUGUUAUGUGCAAAUCCCAUGAUUUAUGGCAACUGAAGCAGUUGGAAGCCCUUUGUAAUUCUGCCACUUAG